AUGGAUACGGCAAGGCUCACCGAGGCAACUUUUGCCCUCCUACCUUCAGAGCUUCUCAGUAUGAUCGGCGAUUUCCUCGACAACAUCCACGACCUUUCAAACCUCGCUCGUGUGAGCCAACCGUUCUACCGCGCCUUCAAUCGUUUGCUGUAUAAGGCCGCCGUCGAGGACCACCAUCCAGGCCCGACGAUUGAAGCAGCGAGCAACGGGAACCUCGGAGCUCUAAAGCUCGCAGCUGAACACGGCGCCAAUCUUGACUACUAUCAGGUUAAGCCGCUCACAGCAGAUGAAAAGUUGGCGAAGGGUAUUCCAUACCAAUUAUCUCCGCGCGCCCGCUGGGGAGCACCCCUCCACUUCGCCAUUAUCUAUGGCCAUCAGCAUGUCGUUGAAUGGUUGAUCUCCAAAGGCGUCGACAUCGAGGCUCCGGCGCGACUUUAUUGCGGGUGCGUGAGCCCCUGGAACGACAUUUCUCCUUACCACGAAACCUAUCGUACGGACUACGACAAAGGUGUCAUGGUCUGGACCCCGUUACAUUACGCCAUUUGCCAUAGGCAGACCGACAUCGCGCACCUGCUUUCGGCUGAUUGCCUGAUCAGAACAAUGGAACUUUUGAGAGUACAAGGAGCUUGGAAGGAUGCCCGAGAACAAAAUGGAAGAAUUUCCACCGAGGAAAAGAGCUCCUGGACCCUUGCUGGUACAACUGUGAAGGGUGAGAAGUGUUCAGAGCUCUCUGGUCAAUGGAACAAGCUCGGAUCCGACGAGUUGAAGAUUAUCCCGUCCAAGUGUUGGCACAUCUUCAAAAAGAUCAGGUGGGAGAAUGAUCUUGGAUUGAUGGUAUAG